AUGAAGUUUCGUUACUUGACUAUAAUCUUCUGUUCAACAACUAUAUCCAUUAUAAAAGCCUCUCUACAAGAGCUUCAGACACUGUAUGAAAGAAAAACUGACUUUAUCAUUCAAGACUAUAGUAGCAACUUCGAACAGAUUCCCAAAUGGUUGACUCUAUACUCUAAUGAAACGGGCACUUGGAGUGAUGUGGAUUAUACAAGCGGCUGUCCAGCAAGAAGAGCAAAUUGGCCAGCCCAGCAACACUUUGUUCGAGUAGUAACAAUGGCGAGUCAGUACCGCGCCAAUAUGGAAGAAAACAGCCAUUUAAUACCUUAUAUUCAGAAGGCUAUGGAUUACUGGUUUGACAAUAACUAUACACCUGAUGCAUGCUUAGACCAAGGCGGUCAACCCAAUGGCGAAUGCCCAUGUGGAACUCCUGGAUUUUGGAACACGAAUUGGUUUGGGCAGAUGAUAUUGAUGCCAAAGCUCAUAUCCAAUACUUGCGUGCUAUUAAAAGCUAAACUGACUGAAACACAACGCGGCAAUUGCACCUUGAUAUUGCAACGUGUUUAUAGUCGAAUUGAUACUGUGCUUGAUGGAAUUGGUCCAAUGACUGGCGCUAAUAUGUUGGAUUCAGCUACAUCAGUAUUAAACUUCGGUCUUGUAACAGACAAUGAAACACUCGUAAAAGACGCCUUGAAUCAUUUUUAUAAUCAGACAUUGAUCACACCUGGCGUUGGUGUAGAUGGUGUUAAGAUUGACGGUUCUUAUCUGCAGCAUUUCUCUCAACUAUACACCGGCAACUAUGGCAAAGACUUUAUCAAUUCAGUAGUAGUUGCUUACAUCCAAACUGCCAAUACUGCCUAUGCACCGCCACCUAAUUCUCGAGCAGCAUUUGUGACAAUGAUUAAUGGAACGGAAUGGAUGAUUGUCGCAAACCAUACAGCUAGAUCUGAUAAUGCAACUUUAUUAUGGGAAUACAGCGUCAUUGGUCGUAUGGUUUCCUUCGCUGCUACAGAUAAGCAAGCGAGCGGUGGCGUCGCUCUCAAUUUGACGCGUAUACGUCUCGCUACAAAAGACUGGCCAGAAGCAUCCAAACUCCAACCUACUUUAGACCGCUUGGAGAACCUCAAGACUCAAAAAACUGGCCAAGGAGAAAUUACCGGAACUCGCAGCUUUUUUGCAUCAGAUUAUCUCGUACAUCGGGACUCAAAAUAUGUUACCACGCUCAAAUCCUUUUCUAGACGUACUUCUAAUUCAGAAUGCAACAACAACCAAAAUUCGUAUGGGUUCCACCUAAGCGAUGGCUCGAUCUUCACAUACAUUGAUGGUAACGAGUAUUCGGACAUAUUCGCAGCGUGGGAUUGGAAUCUUGUUCCAGGAACAACAGUAGAUUAUGGUGCAACACCAUUAGGUUGCAAUAUCACCCAAUUUUAUGGAAAUACUUCAUUUGUGGGUUCUGUUACUCCUGCCAAUAGUAAUCAGGAGGGUUACUCACGUGAGGGCGGUAUGGCAGUGAUGCAUUAUAUGAAUCCCUUGACGGGAAGUUUGGAAUGGGAAAAGACGUAUUACUUUUUCUCGGGUUUUUACGCCGUACAGAUUGGACCUAUCAUUAGGCACAACAAACAGGGAAAGGAACCUAUUAUAACAACAUUGGAUCAAUCCAACUUGAAGAGUGAUGUUUAUGUCAAUGGAAAGAAAGUGAUUGCAGCGAAUGAUGGUGCAGACUAUCAAACACUAAUUACUGACUUUGAAAGCAAGAAGCAGAUGAAUGUCGACCUUUGGCAUAACCGCAUUCUAUAUACUAUUCUCAAUAACGUUAAUUAUCAUGGAAGUGAUGAUAGCGCCUCACGAGGAAUUGUUUUAAAGGUUAAUGCAAACAGCCAUAAUCAAAAUGAUUGGUCAGCUAUAGGUAUUUCGAACGGUACAGCUACUCAGAAAAUAUUCACUGCUACCCUUGAGCACCCAACCACGCAACAAGUUGAAGAACACAAGGAGAACACUGCGCCACUUGUUUAUAUUGCUCAAAUUAAUACCAAGGAUAAAAUACUGCAAAGCCCGGAUAAACUAGUUCAAUUUGUACAUCAAGAAGAUGGAGAGCACGGCAAAGUGCGUGGUGCAUAUAAUCCGCGGGAUGAAACAGUUGCUUUAGCAUUUUGGACAGCAGGAUCUAUUGAGACGCCAUGGGAUUUGAGUGUAACGACUAAUCAGCCUAUUUUACUGUAUUUCACUCGAAAUAAAAAGAAAGGAAAGGAGAGUUCCUACACAAUGACAGUGGCAGAUCCAACGCAAUUCUUGGAGCAAGUUGUCCUUACUGUCUUCAAUAAACAAACUUCAAAAAAACCGCAAGCAAUCACUGUACAACUACCGCAUGCUCCUUCGGCUGGUAGCAGCAUCUCUAUAAAUAUUGCAUGA